CCAUAAAGCCCAUAAUAUUGACAUCGAUUUUACCAUGCUAAGAGAGAAAAAUUGAGAAAUUUCAUGUCUAGCGUAGAACGUUCUAGACACCCAAUGGACAGUAAGCUCUAGGCAAUUCUGGGUAUUCUACAUUCUUCCCAUCAAUUCCUCCAUGCUCUCCCUUUAACACGUUAUCCACUUUCCAGAAAUCUCAUGAAAUCAUCUCUCCUUCGUCACCUUCUCCUAUAAAUUCAACCCCCUCCAUCUGCAUCAGAAAUCAGCAAAUUCACAGCAAACAAAAAUUCUCCCAAAAAAACCCUAAAAAAAAAACACAAAUCUCUCCAAUUUGAUCAUCAAUCAAUCAACAAUGUCGCUAAUCCCAAACAACUGGUUCAACACCACCAACCGUCGCAGCAACAUCUUCGAUCCAUUCUCCCUCGACGUAUGGGACCCAUUCUUCGACCUCCCUUCCUCCCUCACCACCGUCCCUCGCUCCGGCACCGCCUCCGAAACCGCCGCCUUCGCCAACGCUCGCAUCGACUGGAGGGAGACUCCGGAGGCUCACGUCUUCAAGGCCGAUCUUCCCGGAGUGAAGAAAGAGGAGGUGAAAGUCGAGGUUGAAGACGGAAAUGUCCUCAGAAUCAGCGGGCAGCGGGCAAGAGAAAAGGAAGAGAAGAAUGAUACUUGGCAUCGUGUUGAGAGGAGUUCUGGUCAGUUUAUGAGGAAGUUUAGGCUACCCGAUAAUGCUAAGGUUGAUAAUGUCAAAGCUGCUAUGGAGAAUGGUGUUCUUACUGUUACUGUUCCCAAGGUUGAAGCUCCUAAACCUGAGGUUAAAUCUAUCAACGUUUCUUAAUUAAUUAAUAAACCUUGUUUUCUGGGAAUUUCGAGUGAGAAACAAGUUCGAUCGUCUGUGAGUAAACUCUUUUGUAAUAAAUUGUCGAAAAAAAAAAUUGUGGUCUCUGUUUUUAUUCAGUAUGUUUUCAGUUCGAGUAGUAUGUAAUAUAUGAUCGUUGUUAAAUAAUAAUAAAAACAAAUUUUGUGUUA